CUCCUUCCGCGUAGAAACAAUCUGUUGUGCCCAUCACCACUAACCUCCACACGGCGUUUCUCUUAUUUUUAUCAUUUCUUCGCUUUCUUCUUCGUCACUGUUUCAUAGAACUCAAACAGAAUCUAUAGCCAUGAAUUCCUGUUUUAUCCUUCGACGCUAACCACUCCUUCACUCGCUUCUACGAUAAAUUGAAGAAAUAUUCAAAGCAUAUUUUCAUUUUUUUUCUCCUAAUUAUUAUUUUCUUCAAGAAAGUGUAUAAUCUGUUUCCAUGGAGCCUGUCACGGGAAAGCCGGCUUUACUCUUGACACAGUUACUCAUCAUCGGCCUUCUCAUCGUCAUCGUAAGGUUUGCUUACGUCAUCACCCUCGCCGGAGAGUCCUGCACCCUCGGCGACUUCUGCUUCUUCUCCUCGGAGGUUCGCUCCGCCUCCGUCGGCGAGGCGGCACCCGAGCGCUACGCCAGCAAGGAUUGGAUCAACAGCGUUCGGUUUUACUCGUCUGUGUUCCAGGACCUCAUCGCUGGUGGCUUCCUCUCACGGGCAGCGAAGUCGCUAUGCCUGGAGACGCCGACCGGGCGCGACGUCCUUGCGCUGCGCGAGAUCGGCGUGACAGACGCCACCGGUAUUUCGAAGAGAGCAUUGCCGUCGCUGGUAAAGGCCGGUGAUGCUCGCCAGAUUCCGUUCGCGAACGGCACGUUCGACUUCGUGUUCGCUGGUGACGGUGCGCUAGAGAGAUCGCCGCGGCCGGCGGAGUUCGUGACGGAAAUUGCUCGGACGCUCAAACCCGAAGGGUUUGCCGUGUUCCAUGUAAAGGCCAAUGAUACUUAUAGUUUUAAUUCAUUCGUUGAUUUGUUCAAUUUUUGUUGCAAUGUGGUGAAAAUAAAGGACGUCAUAGGGUUUGAUUCAUCGAUGUCUUGCGUAAGAGAACUCGUUGUGAAGAAAGAACGUUAUGUAAUUGGUUCCGAUUCCAAUUCCAACUCCAAUGGAAAAUGCUCUGUUCCCGAGUACAAGAAAACAUUGGUUAGAAACGCUGAGGCUUUAAUAGAAGAGGAGCCACUGAAGCCAUGGAUCACUCUGAAGAGAAACGUGAAGAACAUAAGGUACCUUUCUUCAAUGGUCAAUAUAAGCUUUAAGGAUAGGUAUGUUUACGUUGAUGUUGGAGCUAGAAGCUAUGGUUCUAGUAUUGGGAGUUGGUUUAGGAAACAGUACCCAAAACAGAACAAGACCUUUCAUGUGUAUGCCAUUGAGGCUGACAAAACGUUUCAUCAGGAGUAUGGUUUGAAAAAAGGGGUUACUCUGUUGCCUUAUGCUGCAUGGGUUAGGAAUGAAAGUUUGGCAUUUGAGAUUAACCAUGGUCCUAGGGAGAAGGUUCAGGGUAAGGGCAGGGGCAUGGGGAGGAUUCAACCAUUGGAGUCUUCAAGUGAUUUUCAUGGUGGUGAGGUUGAGAGAAUUGCUGGGUUUGAUUUUGCUGAAUGGUUAAAGAACUCGUUUUCGAAGAACGAUUUUGUUGUGAUGAAGAUGGAUGUGGAGGGUACGGAGUUUGAUUUGAUUCCCAGGUUGUUUGAAACUGGGGCCAUAUGUUUGGUGGAUGAGAUUUUUCUUGAGUGUCAUUACAAUAGGUGGCAGAGGUGUUGCCCAGGACAGAGGAGUCCCAAGUAUCAGAAAACUUAUGAUCAGUGCUUGCAGCUCUUCACUUCUCUUAGACAGAGUGGAGUUCUUGUUCAUCAAUGGUUUUAAUUUAACUAGUAAAAUAGCCUGAUGGGUCAAACCCUAUAUAUACGUUCUGUACCAUUAUUGUUUUACUGUUACCUUCUGCAUGUUUCUUCCACAUAGUUUUAUAUUUUGUUUCCCAGCCAAUAGAAAGAGAUAGACAAAGACAGUACUUUAUUUUUUCAAUUCCAUUAUAUGUAAUAGUUGCAACUGAAAAUGAAAACCAUCCCAUUACAA